AUGGGACUUACGAACUCCUUCAGUUGCUUCCCACUCAGCUUGAAGCUCCACAAAACAAAGGCCGACUUGACGACAUCCAAACAGGAAGACUUAUCCUUGACCUCUUCAUCACAUACUUUCGGAAUCAGUGAGAAACGUGUAUCAACAACGAUCACAGAGAGAGUCGCAGAUGGACCGUCAAAGCUCCACCGGUCUCCCCACCAAGAAGAAGCCACAUCGCCAUAUCAUGACGCUCUCGUGGUGACGUCGAGAGGGCGGUAUGAGUUGAUCAAAGUCGCGACGCAAGAGACACUCGAGAGUUCAGAUGUAUUGAUUUCAACCCGUGCAGUCGGUCUCAACCCCAUCGAUUGGAAAUCCGUCGACUUUGGAUUUUGCCUACCGGAGUUUCCUUGGGUCACUGGCCGAGAGAUGUCGGGAGUAGUGGAGAGGAUAGGCGCUGGUGUCACCGGGCUGGAAGUGGGUGACAGAGUCUGGACAGGUACUUACUACAGGAAAAGAGAGGCUGGUUGCUUUCAGAGUCGUGUCGUCGCUCCAGCUCAUACUGUCCUUCCGGUCCCAGCCGGCUUGAGUUUUGAAUCGGCUGCCUGUCUCGGUGUCCCAGGCCUUACGGCGGCAAUGACGCUAUGGCACUGGCUCAGAGUUCCCAUGCCUUCAACAGAGCAGCAACCCACGGUCCCCUUACAACAACGAACAACCCCACAUUAUAUCCUGAUCUGGGGUGGCUCUACGGUCACGGGACAAUUCGCCAUUCAACUAGCCGUUCUCAGUGGCUUGACCGUCAUCACGGUAACAUCAACCAAGACCAGCAAGCUUGCGGGGGAUCUCGGCGCCACGCAUGUGGUAACCCGUGAUGGCAAGACAGAGAACCAGAUCCUGGACGACAUUCGGCGGAUCAGUGGCGAGGAGCUGGUCAUGGCAAUGGAUAUCGUGGGUCCAACAUCGGCCAGUUAUGCAGUGAGCGCACUUUCUCGGACAAAGCCUUCGACCAUUGCUCCUCUGUCAUUCUUACCUCCAGGUUUUCAACCGCCUCCGAACGUCUCGGUGCUCAAUAUUGAGAUGAAGCAGUUUAUCCUGAACGAGGAAUGCAGGAAGUAUGCCGUGGGGCUGAGUCGCUUGAUAGCACAAGGUCUUGUCCGGCUGCCAACGUAUGAAGUACUUCCUGGAGGCCUCUUAGCAAUUCCACAGGGACUGGAGAGGCUGAAACGAGGCGACAUGGCUGGCAAAAAGCUGAUUGUUUCUCUAUGA